CAGUGAAAAGCCGCGUAUUAUUAACCUUGGCCGCUUCGAAUAGUAUGUCUAAGCCAAAAACCCUAAGCCUAUGUGUAAACCAGAAACCCUAAAACCUAUCAUCAGCAUAGAGAGGGACGGCCAACACAAACCCUAGAAACAACACUGUUUAACAACCUCUCCCCAAACCCCUCAAAAUUGUCCUCUCUCGUUAUCAAAUGAAGACCAUAUCAGGGAAAAUCGUAUCGACAAAGCCAAUCUCUCUCUCCAAAGCAGCUAAAGUCCUAUCCGCCUUCGUUACAGCCGACACCGGAGCUUCACACGCUGUGUCCACAUACCUCAAACGUUCUUCCGACUCAUUCAACGAGUUGGUUCUCUUUCACAAGGAGCUCAAAGCUUCUCGCAAGCACAAGAAACAUCAACCACAGAGUGUAAGCAAUGAAACCCCCAAAAUUUCUUAUCCAAACCCUGAAGAAACUGAAUUAAGGCCAAAUGUUGAAGAUGCUGUGCGAAAGACAGAUAAGAAGAAGAAGAUUUCUAAGCUAAAUUCUGAAGAAGCCGAAGCCGAAGUCGAAGCGGGGACUAUUAUUGAACAUGCUGUGAGAAAAAUUCAGGAGGAGAAGGUUUCUGAGCUAAACUCUGAAGAAGCUAAAGUGGCUACUCGCAUUGAAGGUAGUGUGAGAAAGAGCUUGAAGAAGAGGAUGCAUUUUACUUAUAAAGAAAAAAGUUAUAAGAAGAAGAUUACUACGCUACACCCAGAAGCGGAACCAGGGACAAACAGUGAAGAUGGUUUGAGAAAGAGAGAGGAAAAGAAUACUUUUGAGCUAAACCCUGAUGAAGUCAAAGCCAAAGCCGACGCCGAAUUGGGGCAAAACGUAGAACAUAGUGAGAAAAAGAGGGAUAAAAAGAAGAUGGCUGACCCAAAUUCUAAAGAAGCUGAAGUGGUACCAAAGGUUGAAGAUAGUUUGAGAAAGAGGGAUAAGAAGAAGAUUUCUGAGGUAUCCCCUGUAGAAGCUGAAGCAGGGCUGAAUGUUGAAGAUUGUCCAAAGGUUGAAGACGGUGUGAGAAAGAAGGAUAAGAAGAAGAUUUCUGAGGUAUCCCCUGAAGAAGUUGAAGCAGGGCGGAAUGUUGAAGAUGGUGUGAGAAAGAGGGAUAAGAAGAAGGUUUCUGAGGUAUCCCCUGAAGAAGUUGAAGCAGGGCCGAAUGUUGAAUAUGGUGUGAGAAAGAGGGAUAAGAAAAAGAUUUCUGAGUUAUCCCCUGCAGAAGUGGGUCCAAAGGUUGAAGAUGGUGUGAGAAAGAGGGAUAAGAAGAAGAUUUCUGAGGUAUCCCCUGAAGAAGUUGAAGCAGGGCAAAAUGUUGAAGAUGGUGUGAGAAAGAGGGAUAAGCAAAAGAUUUCCGAGGUAUUCCCUGCAGAAGCUGAAGUGGGUCCAAAGGUUGAAGAUGGUGUGAGAAAGAGGGAUAAGAAGAAAAUUUCUGAGGUAUCCCCCAAAGAAGCUGAAGCAGGGCCGAAUGUUGAGGAUGGUGUGAGAAAGAGAGAGAAGAAGAAAAAGAAAAAUACUGGAAAUGUAGAAAGAGCUGGUGAGGGUGAUUUAAGAAUCGGGGAGGGUGAGAGGAAAGAAAGGAAGAAGAGGAAGAGUGGGCAGAUUGACGAGGAAGAGGUUGUUGAUUCGCCGGAGCAGAGUGGUUCAAAGAAGAGGAAGAAGAGAAGGAAAAUUGAAGGUAAUAAUUAGCGUUGGUGUACAAUUUUGCAAUUUGUAUUGGUGAUGUUGUUGGUUAUAGGGGGUGAUUGGAAGGGGUAACAUUUCUGGGGCAAUCAAUGGCUUGCAAUCUUUUGAUAAACACUCUGGUGGUAAUGUUUUUCGUGUAAUGAAAAUUUUCUUUUUAAUUUGUUUUCUGACCUAUACACUGAAAUGAAAUUUAGGUGAUGGUUUA